AUGCAGGAGGUGGAUUCUGAGAGAAUGAAUAGUUCUUUGGGUACAGAGGCAGUGAAUGGCUCUUUAGGUACAGAGGUUGUGGAGGUACAGGUGCUCAAUCCUGAGACACUGGAUGUUGCAGUGGGUAAAGAGGUGCGGGUUGACAAGGGCAAGGAAGUGUGUGAAACACCACCAAUAACCCCAAGCGCUCUUCCUUCUCAGGUGGAGUUUAACACAGUUGUGAAUGGUGUUAAGGCUGGUCCAACAAUUUUGCAGAAGUCUUCUAUAACUUUGCAUAAUUCAUUUGCUGCUAUCUGUGCGAAAGGAGUAACUCUGCAGCCUGCUCCAUCUAAGGGGCGAGAGGGUUUACGUAGUCAGAAAGGGACUUUGGUCCCCCCACUUGUUAAAUGA